UUAUUCAUUUUCAUAUUAGCAAACAACUAUUAUCUCUUGUAAACUUUCCUCUUCUCUGUUCUGUUCUUCUGCUUCCUUUUUCCCUCUCUAAAUUCACUUCACUCCAAUUCAAUUCAACCCAAAUUCUCGCGCAUUUUCAUCAUUCUCUUCUGCAUCUCGAUUCCUCCACUUUCCGUCUUUCAUUUUCCCACGAGAGUUAAACGGUAUGCAUCCUGCGUUGAGCUUCCCCAAAUCAGCGAGCUAGGGUUUCCGCCGGGAUAUCGAUUCUCGCCGGGAUUCUAUCGAAGUGACAUAAUCGCCGGCAACAAUAGCUACCAACUUGCAGGUGAACCCUGAGGUGGAGCAGAUCCACGGCCAAAUCCGCGAUCACUUUCGAGCUCUCGCUUUCUCUUUUCUCAGAUUAUGCUAAAUCCCUAGUGAUGUCUUCUAGGAAAGCCUCAGUAGUAACAGCUAGUUCUCUUUUGAGGUUGUGCAAUGGCUGUUAUAUGUCAAGGACUAUCUGCACUGCUGCUGAAAGGUGGGAUUUUCAAUUUUCCGGUGGUUUUAAAGCUGAUGCUUCGUCGGGUUACCAACAAAAUCAAGCUGGGUUCUAUCAGCAGAAUGCAAGUGGACCUUAUCGGAUUAAUCAUGCUAGUUCAGAGCAAAUUUCUGGUCAAACUGCAGGUGGAGGUCAUGUAAAUAGUACUCAGAAUGUAGUUCAAAAUAAUUUGGCAGAGCAUAACGGAAGUGUCAAUGGGGACUUUGUUCAAAGCAACUUGAAAAUGCAACAUAAUGUUGGAGUAGGUGUUGAUAAUUCAAGGGGUUUUAGGAUGCAUCCUAAUACUUUUGAGAAACAUAACUGGACACCCAAAUCUGGAGAAAAGGUGGAGUUUUCCAAUGCAUGUAGGUUUCCUAGGCCUUUAGAGUAUCAGGGACAUCCAAAAGGGAAUGUUACCCAAAACAUCGGUCAUUUUCAGCAGACACCAAAUGACUACUACACAAGUAAUGAGAGGGGUCAACAGAACGUUACCCAAAACAUUGGUCAUUUUCAGCAGACACCAAAUGACUACUACACAAGGAGUAAUGAAAUGGGUCAACAGUAUUCCGCUUAUGGACAGUCUCAGCAGAGUGUAGACGGUCGACAUCCUCCAAAUUUUAAUUCGGCACAUAGAUCAACCGUUGGAUCUCAUCUAUCGAGUAAUCCAAAACCUGAUGGCGAAUCAGUUGAUGCAUUUAGUGAUAGUCCAUAUAGAGGUACACUAGAGGAACUGGAUAGUUUUUGCAUAGAGGGUAAAGUGAAGGAAGCAGUUGACGUUUUGCAAGUGUUGGAAAAGCUUCAUAUUCAUGUGGAUUUGCAUCGAUGUUUGCAAUUAAUGCACCAAUGUAGGAAGGCUAGGUCUCUUGAGGAGGCAAAAGUUGUACACAGACAUGCGUUGCAACACUUGUCACCUCUCAACGUCAGCACAUGCAAUGAAAUAUUGGAGAUGUAUUUUGAAUGUGGUUCUGUAGAUGAUGCAGUCAAGGUGUUCAAGAACAUGACUGAGUGCGAUUUGACUACUUGGUAUACUAUGAUAACGCAACUUGCUAAGAAUGGGUUUGCAGAGGAUUCAAUUGAUAUAUUUACUCAAUUUAAAAGCUUGGGACUAAAACCUGAUGGCCAACUGUUUGUUGGGGUUUUUGGUGCGUGCAGUAUGCUGGGAGAUAUUGGCGAGGGAAUGUUGCACUUUGAAUCCAUGAGUAGGGACUAUGGCAUUGUGCCAACUAUGGCACAUUAUGUCAGUUUAGUUGACAUGACCGGUAGUAUUGGGCAUCUUGGUGAAGCCUUGGAGUUUAUUGAAAAGAUGCCAAUGGAACCAAGUGUAGAGGUAUGGGAGACUUUGAUGAAUAGUUGCCGAGUUCAUGGAAACACCGAAUUGGGGGAUCAUUGUGCUGAAUUAGUUGAGAAGUUGGAUCCUUCUCGUUUGAAUGAGAAAUCAAAAGUUGGUCUUUUACUCGAAGAAACUUCAGACUCAAUAAAAAACAAAGAGCAGAACAACUUAGCAAGCAAAAAUCUUCUAGAAGUUCGUAGCCGAAUCCAUGAAUAUCGAGCAGGUGAUACCUCCCAUCCAGAAAAUGACAAGAUCUAUGCUUUGCUUAGAGGUUUAAGGGUGCAAAUGAAAGAAGCUGGCUAUAUUGCAGAGACGAAAUAUGUGUUGCAUGACAUAGACCAGGAAGGCAAAGAAGAUGCUCUCCUUGCCCACAGUGAGAGACUCGCCGUUGCUUAUGGUCUCCUCAACAGUUCUGCUCGUUCUCCCAUUAGAGUAAUUAAAAACCUCCGUGUUUGUGGUGAUUGUCAUACUGCUCUAAAGAUUAUUUCUGAUCUUGUGGGAAGAGAACUCAUCAUCCGAGAUGCUAAAAGGUUCCACCAUUUUAAAAAUGGCCUAUGCUCCUGUCGGGAUUAUUGGUGAACACUAACCUAGCAAUCUUGUUAUGAAGGUGUAUCCUGACUCUACGCCGGAUUGAAUAGCGCAGCAGCCGUUGGCAACAACCUCUCGAACAUGCUCUUCAUGCAUCUCAUUAUUAUUGAAAUCAAUCUUUAUGUCCAACAUGGGUAUUCAAGGAGUGGGGUGUGCAUUCAAGGAGUCAAAAUUGUUACGAGUGUCAGCAUAUAACAGAACUCAAACUAAUUUAUUAGUGUUAUUAUAGUCAAAGUUUUGUUUGUACUGCUUACCUCGCAUCUUCUUUAUGGCAAAGUGCUGGCUGCUAUGCAAAUUGACCUAAAAAUUUCCAGUUAGAUAUAUCUAUGCCAUCUCAGUAACUUAAUGCAUAAUGUUCAAAUUUGAUAUA